AUGUCACAGGAAAACAGUGCUAGUGCAACUUCUGGCAGCCCGGGCAAUAAGAAGUUUAGCCAUAAAGAAAAGCCCAAAAAGCCAGCCUCGCAUCGGCAACACCGUGUAAAUUCAAAACCUCCGAAGACUGGAAAACACCGCGAUGGGCCAGGAAAGCAGCGCUUCGAAGACGAUCUCGAGUUUAACAUACAGGACGAACUUGUAAGUGGUGACUUCAAAGCAAGGGGCCGUAAGACACAGAUCUCCAUUAACCAUCUUUUGGACUUUCAACUACCAGAAAGGCCAAGCGACGGAGAGGCUGCUGCAGGUGCCACAAGGCGAAGGACUAAAAAACAAUUUCAAGAGCACAUUCAUUUGCAUGGCGAUUCCUUUAUAAAUGCAAACUUUAAAUUUUUGGUGGACGACCGUUACACAUACAAAGAGCAAAGCCUCGAUCCUAAUGUGCCUAUACCUCAUGAAAAGAUUGUCCGCGUAACUGCAACCAAGGGACAGUCGUGUCCGAUUUGUCUAACUGAAGAAAUUGUUGCUCCUAGAAUGGUAAGUUGUGGACACCUCUUUUGCCAUGCUUGUCUUCUGAGUUUCUUCGCAGCUGGCAUGGAGCAGCCAAACAAUAACGGCACCGGAAUAAAUUAUAAGAAAAAGAGGUAUAAAGAGUGUCCUCUUUGUAGUACUAUCAUAAGGAAGGAAAAGGCAAUCCCUGCGACAUUGACGGAACCCGACUCGACUCUAAAGCUCCCUCAAGUCGGGCAAACGGAUACCUUUCAAUUGAUGUGCAAACCACAUGGAUCAAUGCUUCCGUUGCCUGUUCUUUUGAAUGUUGACCCCAUGUCCUUGCAUCAUUUUCCGUCUGUGGAGUUCAGAGAGCUUGCGCCGUACUCUCGUAUCAUGAAAUGCAACCCUCAAUACGCUAUUGAUCUUUACAAAAAAGACAUUUCCCAUAUCCAAGGUCAGUACGAGCUUGACCGUGCGCUUUAUAACGAGGAUGGGAAGUUUUCUCAACUUGCCAUUGAGGAAAACAAGUUAAAAAUAAGCGUCUCGGAACAGUCAUUCCGUUCAGAAGCAGAAGUUCUGUCAUCAAACCUUUCUCAACUCUCGUUAGAUGUCGGCCUGGAGAAAUAUAACGACACGAACGCCUUUUUCUUUUUUCAAACCGCGUUUGAUGCGAAUACGCGCUACUAUCUCUCCCCUCUGGACGUUAAAGUGUUACUGACCGCAUUUGGACACUAUUCAGCUUUUCCCCCAUCACUGACUGCUCAAGUCGAAGAUGUUCACUACGGUACUGUCGUGACGGAGUCUUUAAUGCAAAGAUACAAAUAUUUUGGGCAUUUGCCGAUCGGAAGCGAAAUGGCAUUUGUCGACCUUGACUGGCGCACCGCAGACGUCAUUCCAUCUGAGGUUUAUCAAUCGUUUGCGGCCGAAUUGUCAUUAAGGCGCCGCAAAUCGACAUGGAGAAAGCAACGAGAAGAUAAAGAAAAAAAGCGCUAUGAAAGGAAACUUGAGCGUGAACAACAAGAGUUUUACAUGAGAGAAAAUGGCAGUACAGACCACGCUACGUCGGUCAUAAAGCCCGUUCGGUCAGUCCCCUUACAAAAGCUCCCCGAAAAAAAGAGUGACACCGGUUCAGCCGCUUCAGCUCAAAAGUCUGCAUCGCGUCUGGAAAAGACUGUUUGGGGCACAUCCAUACCUGCGUCUGAUAAAGCACCAGAGGGCAAUCAAGAAGACGAAGAGCUAGAAAAGCUGUUGGGAAAUCUUAAUCAAAAUCCAAGUCCUAGACAGGGGAGAAAAAAAAAGAGAAUGGUUACCCUUUUGAGUUCCAACCCUUCGCGCGGCUCGCUGUAA